AAUUCAAGAUGGCAGCGACUUGGUAACAUCACAUGUUUUCUAUGUGCAAAUGCGGCUUUAUUUACAAUUAUUUGUAGUUAGUAAUUAUGACAAUGUUCUCCCGAUUUUGUAAUUUGUGUCACAAAACCGCGAAUGCCCAGUUUGUACAAUUCCAAAGAUGUUAUAAAAGAGGUAUCAAAAGGAAGGGUAAUGUCAGUCGCAUUGAGAGACCAAAUGAUACAGAAGGGAAAACACCAAUAGUUGUUUGCAAACGGAAGGAGUUUAACUUUUACGAAGGACAAAAAUAUUCUAAAUUGGAAACUAUACCACUGGCUAGUAAAGGAUGGCAGCAUUAUAAAUCUAAAGGAGAUUUUUUCUUCGUAUAUCCUCUUACAAAUGUGGAAGAAGAGGCGUAUAAUAAUGAAGAAGAAGAAGAAGUAUGCGAUACCUUUGCACAAUUUGGUUUAAAUCCACAAAUAAUAAAUAUCUUAACUGGAUUCUAUCAUUCUGCGCAAAAGGAACGGGAAGCACCAUCUAUAGGAGAAUAUUGCAUCUUCUGUCAUUGCUCAAAUUCAGCACUACACAUUCUUGAUCCAAGGAUCUUAUUGAAAUAA